AUGGUGCGACGAGAGCUCACGAGCGAGAACGUGCGCGCGUUCGUGGGCGCGGUUUUGCCGGAGGAGAGCGCGGCGCGAGCGGCGCUCUUGGCUCGAUGCGAGACCAAAGCGGCGGGAAGACAGACGAGAGGGAAGAGCGCGGGGACGAAGGGCAAGGGCGGCGAAAGCGAUGAUGCGGUGGUAGACUUAAGCGACGUUGCGCCGUGUGCGCUUCCAGAGGCGGAGGUGUACGCGUACUUGGUAGUUUUGAUGCACUUGAUUGACGGCGAGCGAGGCGAGGACGCGCUCGAGUGCGCGCGAGAGGCGGUCGAUAGAAUCAAGCAGUUUAACCGUCGAUCGAUGGAUGUGCUCGCGGCGAGAGUGUACUUUUACUACUCACUCGCGUACGAGAGAUUUGGAUCGCUCGAAGACGCGCGCGCGACGCUUCUGGCGCUGUAUCGGACGUCGGCGCUGCGCCUGGACGAAAUCGGCCAAGAAACUUUGGUCAACUUGCUGUUGCGCAACUACUUGCACUACAACCUUUACGACCACGCGGAAAAGCUUCGAUCGAGGGUGACGCUGCCGCAAUCGCGAUCGAUUCAACAGCAGUGCCGUUACGCGUACUACCUCGGUCGCAUUCGCGCCGUGCAGUUGGAAUACAGCGAGGCGAAGGAGUACCUGACGCAGGCGUACCAAAAAGCGCCGACGGGGGCGAAGGGGUUCCGUCUCGAGCUGUUGAAGUGGAUCACCAUCGUUCGAAUGCUUUUGGGAGAGAUUCCCGAGCGAAAGGAGCUGACUCAGCCGGAGAUGCGCGCGGCCUUGGCACCGUAUUUCGAUCUCGUCCAGGCGGUGCGCAUGGGCGACUUGACCGCGUUUCAACGCGCGGCGGAGACGCACGGGACGACGUUUACCGAAGACAAGUUGUCCAACUUGAUCAACCGCUUGCGCGCGAAUGUCAUUCGAACCGGGCUCACGCGUAUUAACACUGCGUACUCCAAGAUUUCCCUCGCCGACGUGGCCGAGAAGCUCGGUUUGCCGAGCGUGGAGGACGCGGAAUCCGUCGUCGCGAAGGCGAUUCGCGACGGCAACGUCGACGCCGUCAUCGAUCAUUCGGCCAAGGUGAUGUAUAGUAAGGAGACCACAGACGUCUACAGCACGCAAGAACCGCAAAGUGCGUUCCACGUGCGCAUCGCGUUUUGCUUGGACACGCACAACGAAGCCGUCAAGGCGAUGCGUUACCCGCCCAAGGAGAAGGCGAAAACCGCCGACGCGCUCGCGUCGCGCGGCGUCGACAACGACGCCUCAGGAUUAGAUCUCGCGGAUUUCGACGACGACUACGACGAUAUGGACUUCUUCUAG